AUGUCAUCAACAGCUGUACAACCGCAAUCACCAAAGAAAAGAUCAAUCAACUUUUCCAACAUCAUCCUUGGUGCCACCAUCAACAUGGCCGAGGUCACCUCAUUGGGUCAACCAUUAGAGGUCGUCAAGACUACAAUGGCUGCCAACAGAAAUUUGAAUUUCGUCAAUUCCAUGAAGUACGUAUGGUCUCGUGGUGGUAUCGUUGGUUUCUAUCAAGGUUUAAUUCCAUGGGCUUGGAUUGAAGCAUCAACUAAAGGUGCCGUCUUGCUUUUCGUUUCUGCUGAAUCUGAAUACAGAUUUAAAUUAUUGGGAAUGGGUAAUUUCACUUCUGGUAUACUGGGAGGUGUCCUUGGUGGUGUCACACAAUCUUAUUUGACUAUGGGGUUCUGUACAUGUAUGAAGACUGUGGAAAUUACUAGAUUGAAAUCUGCCAGCGCUGGUGCUCCCGUUCAAUCAUCUUGGAAUGUAUUCAGAUCAAUUUAUGCUAAGGAAGGUUUGAGAGGUAUCUAUAAAGGUGUUAACGCCGUUGCCAUUAGACAAAUGACUAACUGGGGGUCUCGUUUCGGGUUUUCAAGAUUAGUGGAAGAUUGGGUAAGAAAGGCUACGGGAAAGACUAAGCCUGAAGAUAGAUUAAAUGCAUGGGAAAAGAUUGGUGCUACCGCUGUAGGUGGUGGGUUGAGUGCCUGGAAUCAACCUAUUGAAGUUAUUAGAGUAGAAAUGCAAUCAAAGAAGGAGGAUCCAAAUAGACCAAAGAAUCUUACUGUGGCUAAGACAUUUAAAUAUAUAAUGAAGACCAAUGGUGUCAAGGGUCUGUAUCGUGGUGUCACUCCAAGAAUUGGGUUGGGUAUCUGGCAAACGGUGUUUAUGGUCGGAUUUGGUGAUAUGGCAAAGGAUUUUGUCGCCAAAAUGACUGGUGAAGCUCCAACCGCUAAACACUAA